CGAAGACUUCAGUGACUUCCCAUCCCUCCUCUAGGCCACCCUUAUUUGCCUCUCGGGCGAUUGAGACCAGCUGAGAUUUUCCAGUCCUUACUGGCUUCUGAAAGGGGAUACUUCCCUAGAAGCCCCAGUACCAUUAUCUGGUCACCAGGUAGUUGGCCAUCAGCUGCGACCUGGGCUCCUUCCUUUUUAGAGUGGGGUUGGGGUGGAACGGAACCGGACUAAGGGUGGUGGCUCCUAGGGUCAGGGAAACAUUUAAACUUCUGCUUAGCCUCCAGGCUGUGGCUCACCUCUGGCCCACACCCUGCAGACCCAGCCAACCACACGCCUACAGCAGCACCCAGAUAAGACAGAGGCUUGGGCUGGGUAAGGGGUUCUUAAGUAGCUCUGGACAGGGCUACAGAACCUGUUCCCCUUUCUGACAGGCUGAGGGACCUGCCCUCAAGUCAUACAGCUGUGAGACCGGAUGCAGUCCUAGUCUGCCUUCUUCCCUCCGCCAGCACUGUGGGGUUCCAUUUCCUUCCGGGCUGUGCAGUGCAGCUCCGCACUAGUAAGGUUCCCAGCUGCAGUAGCAGGAAAACAGGCAACCAGAGCAGAGUGUGUGUGUCUCCGGACGGGGAGCGAUGACCCCGCGCAGCCAGCCGGCUAGAGUCCUCGAGUGGGUACACUCUCCUCCAAGAGCACUUAAUUGGGGCACUUCUGCUGCCAGGGCUGGGGAUACGAUGCCUAGGGAAAGCUGUCCCCAGACUGACGGGUGCCUGGGUCAGCGCCCUCCACCUGCUUGCCCUGCCCCGCCCAGGCCCACCCCCUGCGGGGAGUGUCCUGGAACCACGCCCAUCUGGGCAGGGAUGGGCUAGCAGAGCCGCUCAGGCGCAACUAGGGACUUGGGGGACGCCGGGGAUCACUCCGGUGCUGCUGCAGCGGUUUCCACGUCUGGAACGCGCCAUGCUGAGCCGGCGCCGCGUCUUUGCCGUGGAGCGACUUGGCGGCCGGGAUGGGGCCUUUGAAGACCUGGCACAAGGCUGUGUGGUGCCAGGAGUCACUUGCACAUACAGACGGAUACCAGACAAAACUCACGGGUGUUCAUUGGACUUCAGGGAGGGACAGAAUGAACUGAGAGGUCUGGAGAGACAGAUGCCACUUCUGAAAUUGGCUUCCCAGGACUCAGGCAUGGAGAUGGUGGUUGGGGACAGCUCCUUGGCUACCUUAUCAGGACUUUCUCAAGAUUCUCUAAACCUUGAGCCCAUGGGGAGCCCUGAGCUGCCUCCUGCCCAGCUAGACCGACUGCUGGCCAGACAGAAGCUGGAACAGGUGCUGGAGAGAUCUCGAGAGUUUCCCAGCUUGUCUGGGCGGCGUGGCCCCCUGCAGCUGCUGAACAGGCCUGUAGGUGGAGUGCCCGUCUUUGUAGGAGAACAGGAGUCCACGGAGGCAGACACUGAGUUAGAGGCUGGUCUGGAAGAAGCAAAGGAGGUUGGUAACAUGGAGUCUGGAGCCUGUACCUGCCUUCCAGGUCAGGGAUUGCGUUACCUGGAACACCUGUGCCUUGUGCUGGAGCAGAUGGCGAGGCUCCAGCAGCUAUACCUGCAGCUGCAGAGCCAGAGACCCUCUAGGCCUCGGCUUUCGAGUGAGUCUCUGCUUGCACCAUCUCGCCUGUCUCAGGAGCCUGAGGAGGAAGAACUGGCUCCAGCUCUUUCAUCAUCGCAUAUCCCAGACAAUAAGGUCCAGGGGCACAGAGAAGAGCUGAGCCAGACGAAGGACCCAGAAGGUGCAGAGGCAGCUUCGUUCCCGGAGGUGGGGGUGAUUGUCGCCAGCCCCUCCGGCCUGCCAGAGGCCUUGCUGGAACCAACCCACAUCCUUCCUCCAUCCCAGGGACACAAGGAUCUUUCCCACUGGGAUAAGGUCAAGGUUCUGCUCAACCGCAUCCGCUGGAGGAGCCCUCGACUUCCCGAGCCUCCUGUUCCCCCUGAUAGUUCUAGACCCAGGAUGGAGUUCAGGACCCUCUCUGAAAGGACUCCGUGCCAUUCCCAGCGGAAGACCUUUAUUCCAACAUUGGUGGUUAAGAAGCCACGAGUGAAAAAUCUUUCUGUAUGACGGCUUGGUGUGCCUGGUGACCUUGGGUGGACGGGAUUUGCCAAGAAGUCCUUCACAUUUUGGCUCACUGCUGCUUCUCUGCACUGCCAGGAAACGCUAUUGGUGCUUGCUCCUCUUCAAGGUGAAGGCCGAGUCCUUCUCUAAGCAUGGAGGCCAGGAGCCCUGGUUCCCCAAGAGGCCCUUGAGUGCAGCUCCAAUGCUCUGCAAGGGCUCUUCCUCCUCGUCAGAAAUCUCUGGGCUUAGGCAAUGUGAACUGACUUAUUUACCAGAUGCUCACAGAGCAUGUUUAGUAUGGGAAUGUGUCAUCAUGUUGCGGAUGUAUGUUUAUACAGUCUUUGUCGGACUUUCGACUGCCCAGAUUUAACCAUUGGAUGGAAUCAUUCGUCCAAAGGGUUGGUGUGUCGGGUGUCGCUGGGAGGAUGGCACUCACCUGCAUUCCACAAUGAACAGUUACUGAUGUGGAUUUCUAAUUUCUUCCUCAUACCUGAGAAGGCAGCCCUAGGACGAAGAACAACACUGCCUCGGGUACCUUUGUAGUGAGUCACGGCUCUGGAGCACAGUCCUUGAAGGCUGAAUGAGGAAUUGGGGGGGGU